AUGGAUCUAGCAGCCCCAGCCAGGAAGAAGAGGAAGUUGGCUCAGGCCUUUACGGCAGCAAAGGAUAAGAAUACGAAAGCAAUUGUCAGGAGGAAUGCGACUUCAUCUCCACUUCUCCGCCUCCCACCAGAGCUACAACAGAAGAUCUGGGGAUAUGUGCUUGGGAACCGGCUGAUACACAUUGGCGCGCAGGGAGUGCGUCGGAAUUAUGGCUAUCGGAGCUUACAACCGCGAUUUUUCAACACUAUCUGCCAAUCCCCAGUCACCGAAAGAGAAGCAUAUGAGCUCUCAAAAAGCGCAGAGUAUAAUAAAGCCGCUACUUCUUUCAAGAAUGGAGAGGAUAUGCGACUCUGCGGGAACCGACACCGUGCCUGUGAACUGGAACUCGUUGACCACUCUACUGAACAAAACCUUCCCCCAAAUAGACUCAAUGUGGGUGUGUUGGCUGUCUGUCGACAAGUCUAUGUAGAGGUCAAUCCUAUCCUCUGGAGCACCAACACAUGGUCGUUUCAGUGCCAGCGUACCUGGCGCUAUUGGAUGAGCGGUAGAAAUGCUGUUCAAAAACGAUUGAUCAAGAAGAUCCAUUUUUCCAAUGAGGUAGCUUUUGGUCUCAAUAACAAAGCCACAAUCCUCGCACUCAAGUUGGAGGAACUCAACAUUGACAUUUACACGUGGCGGCAAUAUAGUUUCAUGAGUCUUCACCAAUUCCUCCAGACGGAGAAAGUCACUGUUAUCGCUGCUGAUGCUUGGACGACUGCUAAUGGCAAACAAGCGAAUAAUAUAACUUCUUUCGAAGAAAAGCUCGCCAUUGCAGAGGCUUGUCAGUCCCACUUGGCCACCCUGCAAGCCGAAUUAGCUCGCAAGAAACAAGAGAAAGAGAGCGCGAAGCUGUUGAUAGGAGAGAAGAGUCCUGAAGUCAGUGGCAGUAAUGACGGUCGAGAGUCCGAGAAUUAGAGGCAGGUUCUGAUAGAGGAUACGAUGUUCGACCAGGUUCAACCAGAACUAUCUCGAAUCCCAGAUUCCCUUUCAUCCUUUCCACCUAGCACCACCACCAUCGAUCCCUCAAAAGACAUCACAAUCACUUUACAACAACCAACACAUUGUCCUCAAUCCAACCCGAACACAAACUCAUGGUUUUUUCUCCAAUCCGAACAAUUGCGACUGAUCGUUCUCCUCCUCAACGAACAACAACACCCAAGAUAGCUAUGGGCAAUGAUUGAGGAGAUAUUGGAUGGCGGCCUCCUCCGAGCGUGUAAAAAGUUCUGUACCCUAAGCCCCCUCAAAC